GACACGUAGGCUAGCACGUGGGUUAGCUAGUUCAAUAGGGGACCUCCAAAAAAAACUUUUAUUUCAACUUGACUGUUAUCUUUGGUGAUUAAAAACUAAUAUUAGUGGGUUAAAAGUUGAGUUUACUAUUCUGCUGGCUAUUAAGCCAGAAGACAAGCUUUCUAAUGGCGGACAAUGGAGAUGAUGACUCCCAGCACAGAGUGAAUGAGGGUGACUACGUUGUACUGAAACGGGGAGACAUCUACAAAGCUGUGCAGAUUCAAAAGAAAAAGAAAACAGUCUUUGAGAAGCAGUGGUUCUUCCUGGACAAUGCAGUAGGGGAGUUGUAUGGGACCACCUUUGAAGUUGUGACUGAUGGGAAACUGCAGCCACGGAAACCUAAACACAUCGAGAGCUCUGCAGAUGCCAAGGAAGCAGGGACAGACAACAGGAACAUUCAGGAUGAUGGGAAAUCACAGAAACUCACCAGAGAUGACAUUGAGACCCUCAAAGAGCAAGGUCUAAAUGGACAGGAAAUAGUCCAGCAUCUAAUAGAGAACAGUACGACGUUCAGGGACAAGACUGAGUUUGCACAGGAGAAAUACAUCAAGAAAAAAAAGAAAAAGUAUGAGAACAGUGUGAUGGUUCUAAGGCCCUCUUGUCGUAUCCUGGCUAUGAUGUACCACGGCAGAGAACCAGGGAAGAUAUGCCACCUGCGGUACGACACCCUAGCCCAGAUGUUAACGCUGGGCAACAUCCAUGCAGGCAGUAAGGUGCUGGUGUUUGAGACCUGCGCUGGACUGGUGCUGGGGGCCGUCAUAGAGAGGAUGGGAGGCUAUGGGUCAGUGGUGCAGAUGUACCCAGGAGGAGGUCCUGUGAGGGCGGGGGUAGAGAGCUUUGGGUUCCCCUCCCACUUCCACGACACGCUCCAUGAGUUUCCCAUCUGUCACGUCAACGCACUGCUGGCAGGGACACUGGACACGGAGGCCAAAGACAUAGACACAGAUGCUGGACAGGCCAAUGGGGACAAGUCCAACCUGACCAAGACUGACCCAGAGAAGGCAGAAGGCAAGGGGGGCAGUCCAGACACAGAAGACCAGAGUAUGGAGACUAGUACCAGUACAGACCCUGCCGAGGACAAGGAGAGAGAGGAGAGGGAGAAACGCAGAGAGAUCAGAGCCCAGGAGAAGAUUGUGAAGACUGAGGAGAAGAGGAAGAAACUAUCUGCUGCUGCCGGCGUGCUGAAGGGGAGGAACGCUGACGGAUUGGUGAUAGCCAGUCGGUUCCACCCCUGUCCAGUUCUACUGGGCCUCAUCAAGUUCCUCGCCCCCUCCAGGCCCUUUGUAGUGUACUCUCAAUACAAAGAGCCUCUGAUAGAGUGCUAUUCAAAGCUCAGGGAACAAGGCGGAGCAGUCAGCCUGCGACUCACCGAUUCAUGGAUCAGACAUUACCAGGUCUUGCCUAACAGGACGCACCCCAUGCUGCUAAUGAGUGGGGGCGGGGGCUACCUCCUCUCCGGGACAACAGUUGCUACGGAUACGACUAAAGCGAAGACCUGCUCAACAACUGCAGAAGAGCCGGCCGCAAAGAGACUGAAACUCACAGAGACCACAGAGGGAUGACAGUUAGACUAUUGAGGGGUGCCCAUAGGUUGUGGAAUUUAAAUCAUUGAUGACUUGAUAUACGUGUACUUGUGGAGGUGGGGAUAGAAUCACUAAAAUCUCUCUCCCUCCUCCUGAGACCAGUUAUAAACUAUCACGGCUGUUAUUCAGCCCUGGAGCUGCUCUCCAAAGCUCUAAGCUCCCAAAUGCAGCAUUUUGUUUGUAUUUAAUAUUAUUUUAGCAGAAAAGUGCCAUGUGAUGAUGUAAAGCAGCCAUUUGCUAUCACAGCCUCGUAACUGUACUGCAUCUGUGAAUUUCAAUAAAUACAGUGCUGUUAAAAUACUA